AUGUGAGAGCUGUGUGGAACUGCUCUUUGUGAGAGGAGCUGGGAAUUGCCAUGAGUGCGAUACCCCCCUGCGGAAGAGUAACUUCAGGGUACAGCUCUUUGAGGAUCCUGCUAUUGACAAGGAAGUAGAAAUUCGGAAGAAAGUGUUGAAAAUAUACAAUAAAAGAGAGGAUGACUUUUCCAGUCUAAAUGAAUAUAAUGAUUUCCUGGAAGAAAUAGAAGAAAUUGUAUUUAACUUGACCAACAAUGUGGAUGUGGAGAACACCAAAAGGAGAAUGGAGCUGUACCAGAAGGAUAACAAAGAAGUCAUUCAGAAAAAUAAGAUAAAACUG